AUGGCUACGAAUGAUCUGGAGUACUCUCUUGAUCAAGAAAUAACCAACUUCUUUGAGAAGACCACAGUGUCUCGCUCUGACUGCGAUAAAUAUGCGAAGGAGCAUCUUGGAGGCAAUGCCGUUCCGGUGCCCGUGCAAGGUGUCUGUAGCUACACUGUCUACGCUGGAAUCAAUGCGGAAUUCGUCGCUCAAUUUCGCCUAAAGUCGCAUCAGUUGAGAAUAGAGAUUGCCAACCUUGCCCGAACGAUCUACGGCCGUUUGGCGCCUGAGGUAGUCUUCAAAGGGGUGAUGGGGCAAGAGAUUGAGGGCAAGGAACCCCUCUAUCUUUAUACCAUGAGCCGAAUACGCGGCAUUGGUUACCUGGAUUUUAUCCUGGCACAUAUUGGCCAAGUGCCUGAAAAUUCAGCCCAAUUUUCUCACUGGCGGAAGAAUCUGGUCACAGACGUCGCGAGGUUCUUUGCCCUCUCUUGGAAGACCCCGCAGAAGGUUGAUCAAUCCUACCACGACGACCUACGUUGUCGAUACGAGAGAGAUCUAGGCUUACUCCUUGUCUGCCUUCCAGAUCGCUUCCGCCCGUUAAUCCAAGAGUCCAUCAACUUGCUACCCGCCAUUUUUUCGCUCCCAAUGGUACUCCUUCAUAAAGACUUGGGUGUCUGCAAUCUCAUAGUGAAUGAAUCGUGCAAUUUGGUUGGAGUGAUUGAUUGGGCCGAGGCUGAAAUUGCGCCCUUUGGCCUCAACUUUCACUCUCAUCAACGACUGAUCAGUAAGGUCCAUCUGAAGAAUGGUUGGAUCCGAUACGACGACUAUGGUGUGUUGGAGGAAACGUUCUGGAGCACCCUCUCCGAGGCGGCUGGAGGAUUGGACAAUCAGACAGUCGGAAUCAUCAAGGCCGCAAGGGUGACCGGCCUACUCCUUUCACGUGGCUUCACGAGUCGCCUGGGGAAUAUGCCCGAGCCGGUGCCCAUACGAGAUGACGAAAGUGGAGCCUACAAUAUGCGCGACCUGGAUGGACUGUUACUUAAUCCGGCCACGAGGUUCAUUGAACUGAACAACUCGACAGAUGCACAGAGCAUGUAG